AUGCCCAGCCCGGUGGACGCUCGGGUCCAGCCCCCACGCUCAGGCAGCUCUCCCGAGCCCCGGUCCCCCUCGCUCCAGCGCCACUCUGCCCGCCCUGGCACGCCUCGUAUUCCCCGACGCCUCGAGUCCUCCUUCUCCAUCCAGGCCAUCCUGGCGAAGCCCGACCCCCCCGCGCCCGCCGCCUCCCCGCCGUCGGUCUCCGCCUGUGCCGCCUCGGGCUUCUGGACCGCUCCCUCGCUGUCUCCGGCCCCGGUUCUGUCCUGGGCGUGCCCGGCGCCGUGGCUGCCAGCCUCCCUGAGCGUGGGGCUCUACCAGCGGUGCCUCCAGCCUCCAGCGCUGGGGCUGCGCAUGGCUCACCUCUGCGGCUUCCAGGGCCUCGGCGUGCCAGGUUUGGAGCUGGCUCACUACACAGGCCUUUGGGGUCCUCCAGAUUGGGCCCCAGCAGAGGAACUUCAGGACACUGAGAGACCCCAAAAGAGGGUUCGAACUAUGUUUAACUUGGAGCAGCUAGAAGAGUUGGAGAAAGUGUUUGCAAAACAGCACAAUCUGGUAGGGAAGAACAGAGCCCAGCUGGCAGCCAGGCUCAAACUUACGGAGAACCAGGUGAGGGUCUGGUUCCAAAACCGCAGGGUCAAGUAUCAGAAGCAGCAAAGGCUGAAACCACCAGCCACAUCUGCCAUGGCUGCUUCCAUGGACGAGCCCUCCAGCAGCUCUGACACCAACAUCCAGAGAGAAGACACUGAGUCAGGAGCAGACAACUGAGGACUGGAACAAAGGCUCA